AUGCCGUAUAGGGCUGCGGUCAUUCCACCGGAGCCGCAGCCUCGAGAGGCUAACUGGCUGUUGGGCCGUGUUGGCCUGUCGAACCUGGAUCAUGUAGGGAAUGACUUUGGCCUCGAUCAGGCUUGUUUUGGUCCAUCCACUACUGCUAUUCCCACUUGGCAUAUGCGACGUCGGAGCGUCUUGGCAGAUCGAGCAGUAUUGGAGAGCGCUUGGAACGGUGGCUCGAUGACCAGAUAUAUGAACCAAUACAGCCUUUUAAUACCUGAGAUCACUCUUGGAUGAAGGUUCGAAGAAAGCAUCCUUGAUGUGAUCUCUGGGCCGGUGGCUUUUUCGUUGCACUGACCUCUUGGUUUUGUGAGCUGCGAGUGUACGGACCGAGCCGAUCGAGGGUAUUCCAGGCCUACAGCAGAACCUGGUAGCACAAGGAACUUUCCGUCGUCGACCAUAAUGAUUGGGAUCUCGGGAAGUGAUCACGGGCAAUUUCCUCAUAUUGUUGUGUCCCAUACUUACAGUGCAUCUGCGGGUUAUCUUUCUAACAACUACCAUUCGGUGGUAUUUUAAAAUAGCAAGUGUAUUGUGCAUGGCCCGAUGCAUCGUUGAUUACGGUGCGAACUGGUGCACGAUGUGGGAGCAGGUAGAGCAUGCGCGCAGAUGACAAGAUGGCUGUCAUACCAAUGUUGGCAACCUGUAUGUGUCCCAUGCCGUCUACUCUAGAUCCUCGUCCAUCGUGCCCACUACCAUGCCCCUUUUUGUGGUCCCAGUAUCCUCUUCCGCAAAUCUAUAUGCCUUCGUCAAUGUAUAUGCUUGUAGUGUUCACCGAAGACCCGUGUUAUCCC